AUGCCUCGAGGCGCCGAAUUCGACGACGGAAAACCACAGUCCGACAACCCCGUCGAGGCCGGCCACGACAUCAUCCAUGGCGGCUCAAAGUCCACAACCGACGCCGAAGUCUCCGGGCCGAAGAAAACCGCACCGCUCCCGGAAGGCAUGGACGAGAUGAACGACCGCACCCUCAGCGGCGGCGCGGCCCCGGGCCAUCAGAGUGGAAAAGGAGGACACGGGCCCCGGACCACAGGCGAGCACAAGGGACUGGGUGCCCACCAGGACCUGGGGGGCACCGCCAACCCGCAUCCCAAGGAUCUGAAGGAUGACCAGCAGCCUGGAGGAAGUUGA